UUCACCAAAACUAAAACACAAUAAACAACUGGUAAUAAACUAAUAAUAAUCCAAGAUUAUCUUACUCCCACUUAGUCCUUUUCUACUCCUUACCAGUCAACACUCAACACUAAACUCAGCUUCUAAUCAACACUCAAAUCCAACAAAAAGCUCAAAAACCAAGAUCGAAAACCUCAACAAAACCAAGAACACUCACACUCACACUCACACAUGAAAAAAAAACAGAUGGGGUUCACCAUGGGUUUAAAUCUUCUCCUCCUCAUAGCAAUGGUAGCCACCAACAUUCUCUCCCUCUACCACCUCACUUCCCCCACUUUCCACUCUAAACCACCCCAACCACCUAUUCUCCAAGUCCCUGACCAUCUCCUCCAUCAAUUACAAACCAUACGCGCCACCAUCAACCAUCUCACGCGCCACCAACCCCCCUCCACCACCACCAAGGCUACCCCCACCACCACUCAAGUCCCACCGGAUCUCCUCCUGUAUUCACAGCUCUCACCUAUUGCUUCAUCUUGCCAUAACCACCCUGACCUUUUACAUAAGUACAUGAGUUACACUCCUUACACUCUCUGCCCCCAAGAUUCUGAUAAUUUGGCCGAGUCUCUAAUCCUCCGUGGCUGCCACCCUCUCCCUCGCCGGAGAUGCUUCUCCAAAACCCCAUCAAAGCCGCCAACUUCUCUGCCUCACAACCCUUUCCCCUCCUCAUUUCUUGACUCUAAUGUACUAUGGGAAAAGUAUCCAUCUUGUAAAUCUUUUUCUUGUCUUGCAAAAGAAAGUUCUAAUCUUGGUUUUGAUAUAAAAACUGAGAUUUCCAAGUUUAUGAGUUAUAAAACUGAGCUGGAUCUCCCAAUUCCUCAGCUUUUACAGGUGGCUAAGUCAGGUAACUCUGUUCUUAGACUUGGUGUUGAUAUUGGUGGUGGGACUGGCACUUUUGCUGCAAGAAUGAAAAUGUAUAAUGUUACUGUUAUUACUACUACUAUGAACUUUAAUCUGCCUAAUAAUGAAGUUGUUGCAAUGAGGGGUUUAGUGCCACUUCAUAUUCCAUUGCAGCAAAGAUUGCCUGUUUUUGAUGGAGUUGUGGAUCUUGUGAGAUGUGGGCGAGCUGUGAAUAGGUGGAUACCUUUGAAAAUGAUGGAGUUUUUGUUGUUUGAUGUUGAUAGAGUUUUGAGAGGCGGCGGGUACUUGUGGCUGGAUCAUUUCUUUAGUAAAAGAAUGGAUCUUGAUAAGGUUUAUGGUCCUUUGAUUGGGAAGUUGGGUUAUAAGAAGGUGAAAUGGGCGGUCGGGAAUAAGACUGAUGCGAGCGGGAUCAAGAAUGGAGAGGUUUACUUGACUGCUCUUUUACAGAAACCUGUAUCAAGAUGAUAUGUGAUUGAAUUGUAUUGAAGGUACAAUGUCAAAUUCCUCCAGCUUUGCCGAGCAGAACUUCAGACUACCCUAUUCAAAACUAGAUACCUCAUCAGAUUGAAUGAUGUGAUCCUUCACCUUAAUAAUGAAGCAUCAUCAUAUUUAUUUCCGAAUAAGUAGGUAGAGCGCCGGGUAUAAUUAAUGCUGUAAAGAUUGCUGCUGCUGUAAUUGGUGGGAGAACCCGAUUGUAGGCUCGGUGGACAAUGUAAAAUCAGGGAGUUAAGCAGAAUUGGUUAAGUUGAUACAUUAUUCUAUUGGUUCUUGUAUUCAUUAAUAUGUUAUUAUUGGAGAAAUUGUUUAAUAAAUAUAUUAAUAAGCAU